CGCCACAGUAAACUUUAACCUCUCAACAACUUCCUUGUUUUAUAGAAAGACAAAAUGGCAGCCCCCUUAAAACGCAUUGGAAUAGUAACCUGUCGCGUAUUUCCUGGUAUUUUGCAAAGAAAUAUUCAAACACAGAGAAUUCGUGAUUGGAAAUUAACUCCCAUUGCAUCAGUGCAUCGGGUGACUCUUCGUGCUUCAUCUUCAUCAUCAUCUGCAGAUGGCACCGAAUCCCCGGAGACGGUGUCUAGAUAUGCAGACAGUCCAUGGGAGUACUUAAAAAGUGAAGAGUACAUUGAGCGAUAUGGAUCAAAACCUGUCUGGUCUGACUACAGAAGGAACCACAAGGGAGGAAUUCCUCCACAGAAGACAAGGAAGACAUGUAUUAGAGGAGAUGAGGUCUGUGGGAAUCCUUGUCCCAUAUGCCGGGAUCCAAAUGUCAUUAUCCAUUACAAGAAUGUGAACCUGCUGCAGCAGUUUAUUUGUCCUUACACAGGAAUUGUGUACGAUCCCACUCGAACAGGGGUGUGCAUGAAACAACAGAAACUACUUAACCAGGCCGUUGAUACUGCUAGAGAUCAUGGUUUACUUCCGGUUCAGUUGCCUCAUGUGGACUACUCAAAAGAGGACUACUCAAACACGCAUGGUGCUGUAGGACAGACACCUGCCCCAUCUUCCCUCAACUCCGGAGAGCCUUGGUAUCCAUGGUACGGCAGUGUUGAACCAGACGAACGAGAACUGGCGAGAGUGAAGAGGAUCUACAAAGCCUACCUAAAAUAAUAUUGAAUAAUUAAGGACAUGUAUGCUUCCCCUGUUACAUUUUGCCAUAAGAUUCAGUCUGAAAUAAAACCUUCAGAAUAACAUGGA